GCUCAUGCUAGCACCUAGCGUAUUCAUUUGGUUAUUCAAACAAAAACAAAUUGAGUUGCAAAGGCUGAAGAGUGAAACUCGGCUGAGGAAGAUUACAACUCAAACGGAGAUGAGAUUGGCUAUUCUCGUCCUCAUUGGGCUUGCCCUUUCACACGCCGCUCCAUCAUCCAUUGAUGCAACUUAUACAGAUGCUGUAGCUCGUAAUAAGAUGCUGCCGUUAGCAUCCGCUGCCUAUGCAAAGACUCCGCAAAACUGUCUAACAAAUAAGUUCACCAAUGCUGUACUCAAACGACAGUUAAACGUGAAAUGCGACUCCUUUAGAAGCGAUAUUUGUUCUGGAUAUUCAGCAGUGCUAAAUGGUGAUAAAGCUAUCGUGCUGAGCUUCAGGGGUACCGAUGGAUUCUUGCAGCUUAUUAGUGAAGCCGACAAAAGCGUGUUCAAUGCA